GCGGCUGGACGCUAAAACGCUUCGUUUCUAUGGCAGGUCAAACGUGCUCUACGGACGCUCUCGCGACGCUUACGUCCUUUCUCGUGCUGUUUUGGUGUGUUGAAGUUGCUAGACCUUUUGAGAGUCCAAGCUUCAAGCAGCCUAUUACUAACACUACAGUUGCUGUAGGACGGGAAGCCAUUUUGGAAUGUUUAGUAGAAAACCUAAAUCCCUACAAGGUCGCCUGGCUUAGAGUCGAUACGCAAACAAUCUUGACGAUACACAACCACGUUAUCACGAAAAACCAUCGCAUCGGGGUUACACACAGCGAACAAAAAACUUGGUAUUUACAUAUAAGGGAAGUCAGAGAAAGUGACAAGGGUUGGUACAUGUGUCAAAUAAACACUGAUCCCAUGAAGAGUCAGGUGGGAUACCUCAAUGUGGUUGUUCCUCCAGACAUCCUGGACUAUCCAACGAGCGCAGACAUGGUUGUGGACGAAGGGUCCGACGUCAGUUUGCGGUGCGUUGCGAAGGGUUCGCCGGAGCCUUCGAUCACAUGGAAACGGGAGGACGGACACUUAAUACAUCUGCAGACUGGAGUAGACGUUUCCUCCACUACUGGUCCUAUCUUAAACUUAACAAAUGUAAAAAGAGAUCACAUGGCUCCUUAUUUAUGCAUCGCUUCAAAUGGAGUACCUCCUUCUGUCAGUAAAAGAAUAAUGCUGAUAGUACAAUUUCCUCCUUCAGUUUGGAUCCAGUAUCAAUUGAUCGGAGCCUACGACGCUCAACAAAUCACUCUGGAAUGCCAUUCGGAGGCAUUCCCCAAAUCCAUCAACUACUGGACCAGAGACAAAGGAGAGAUAAUCCCUCAUAAUGCAAAAUAUGUGCCUGAAAUUGUCGAAACUGGCUUUAAAGUUCACAUGAAAUUAACGAUUAAUUUUUUGGGUCCACAAGACUAUGGUAUUUACAGAUGCAUUUCGAAAAAUUCCCUGGGCGACAUGGAAGGAACCAUUAACGUUUACAGGAUACCCAAUCCGAACAGAAUACAAACAAGGGAUAAAAGUGCAUCAAAAGUAAACAAUGGGGUCACAUAUCCAAAAGAGGGCAGAGAGAAAGACCGAGCGGACUUGCUCUACCUAGACAAUGAAUUAUACAGCUCGGCUCGUCUGCCGUUCCCGGGCUACAGCGGCCCGUUAAGACUGCUUCUUGUAGCCGUAUUUUUGUGCGCGCUUUCCAAACUAAACAUAUUUAUUUAAUAAUGCUGUGCAUACUCUCAUCAUAAAACUUUUGGACUUUAAGUCGACGGGGCCCAAGCGCCC